UUAGUUAUUCAUGCCUUUGCAGAGCCAGAGUUACUGUAACAUCAAUAUCAUUCCAUAUUUUCAGAGGACAAAGUUGGUACAAGUCCUGGCUCUCCUUGUUUGCCUUCAGUGACCACCAUGGGCCAUAAAUCGGUGGCUCUAGGACCCCUUUUUCAUGCUCUAGACCUAGAUUGUUUUCUUACAUAAAUCAGGAGUUUCAGUUUAAGCAGUACCCAUCUCACUGCUACUGCAAUCUUAGCCUGUGGGGAUCCUUAAACAUGGAGAACAAGAGUAGUGUGAUGGUUGGUUUGAUUGCUAUCAUAUGUAUUUUGGGCCCAAGUACUGGACAAGGACUGAAGCUGGGUUUCUACAGCACAACCUGCCCAAAAGCUGAAGAGAUUGUACUAGAUGUUGCCAAAAAGCACAUAUCCUUGGCUCCAGAACUGGCGGCUGCUCUUAUCAGGAUGCAUUUCCAUGACUGCUUUGUUCGGGGAUGUGAUGGGUCUGUGCUGUUGAAUUCGAGUAAUGGCACUGCUGAAAAGGAUGCAAUACCGAACCAGACAUUGAGGGGAUUCAGCUUGAUAGACAAAGCAAAGGCUGCAAUAGAAAAGCAGUGUCCUGGAGUUGUUUCAUGUGCUGACAUUCUCGCAUUGAUUGCACGAGAUGCUCAUUUGAUUGCACAUGGAGAACCAUACUGGAAUGUUCCAACUGGACGUAGAGAUGGGCGCAUAUCAAAUUCCUCUGAAGUUUUGGCAAAUAUUCCAUCUCCUACAUUCAACUUCUCCCAGCUGAGUACUUCCUUUGCCAGCAAGGGCCUCAAUAACAAGGACCUCGUUCUUCUAUCAGGUACCCAUACUAUUGGAAUUGCCCACUGUGGCCCUCCUUUCAGCAACCGCCUUUACAACUUCAGUGGCAAGGGAGAUAGUGAUCCUUCCAUGGACAAGAAGUAUGUAGCCAACCUAAAGAAGAACAAGUGCAAGACCCCUUCUGACAAUACAACCAUAAUUGAAAUGGAUCCAGGGAGCUUCAGAACAUUUGACCUCAGUUACUACCAAAGGGUGAAGCAAAGAAGAGGGCUUUUCCAAUCAGAUGCUGCACUGCUUACAGACUCUGCUUCCAAAUCAUAUAUUGAAAAUCAACUUCUGAAAUCCAAGAAUGAGUUUUUCACCGAGUUUGCAAAAUCUAUGGAAAAGAUGGGACAGAUUGGUGUGCUGACUGGCAGUGCAGGAGAGAUCCGACGACAGUGCUCUUUAGUGAACUAAAAUCUUUCCUACCCAUUUGGAUUUGUUCUUCAAUUUUGUACUGCUUGUAAUAAAGAUUUGUCAUGGUUGCUUGUGGGAUGUUCAAAAAAUCAUUUUGUCUCAGGGAUUGAGACUUAAAUGUCUCAGGAGCGACUCUUGUAAUCAUAAGCCGUGCUCUGUUGAUUUCUUUCUGCUUG